GUCAGUUUGGAAAAUACCGGAUCCAGAAUGUAAUUACGGAUGAAUGAUACGGAUGAAUUUUAUAUAUGUAGAUUGUAGUUGCAUGCCUUAAUUUUGUGUUCCAUUCACUAUACAUGCAGCAGCCUAAAAUAAAUGAUUGAACAAUCUUAUAAGCGCUGUGCUUUCUAAUGUAUCCUUCACAGACAAAUCACCUGUCGCUGAUAUACCCAGCGAUUUACCACAAUGGAAACAAGAUUUGCUAAGAAAGAAAAGAAAUGAGAAGAUGGAAAAACACAAAGCAGAAAUGGCAAGGUUAUACGAGGAAAGUCAAACACCUGAAUGGAUGAAGCCGUUAAAAAAACUGCACCAGCGACGUAAGUCUGAACAAUCAGAAAAAAUUGAAGCUGAAAGAAGAAAAGCGGAAGAGGAAAGACAACGUUUUGAAGCAAUGCCUGCGUGGAAAAAACAACUCAUUUAUAAAAAGAAAGCAAAGUCUGCAGAAAACCUUUUUUCUGGAUGUGACAGCAAGAAUGUAGAAUAUGAUACAAACUCUGGAGACAGGGUGAAAGAGAAGGCGGAAAGUACUCAAGGAGAAAAUAGUGAAGUCGACGCUGAAAACGUCAAUGGUGUUAACGAUGAAAACGGAAAUGGGAUUUCAGAGAAUGAAAAUUGCGAUGAUGGAAUAACUAAUGGCCAAGUUGAAACUCCAGUAGACGAAAAUGAACAACCUGAAAAUGACGAGUUAAAAGACACAGGAAAUGGUGACGACCAUGUUGAAGUUGAAGAUUUGGACAAAAACUAUAGUGAAGCAGUUGAAGUCGGGUUAGUUGAUGAAGUGAGUGACGAUGGAGAUCAGGAACCUGGCGUCAGUGAAGAGGAAAAUUACUAUGAUGAAUCGGAUGAAGCGAGGGAAAGUGAGGAGAGUCAGAUUCUGAGUGACGAUGAAAAUGAGGUCCAAUGUCUUGAACUGGAUGAAAACGAGACCGUAGAGAAUGAAGAAAAGCAGAUGGACGGAAGUGAACAAGAAAAUGAAGAAAUCAAUGACAAGGACAACAACGAAGAGUAACAACAAUAUGCACAUGUAAAUAGAUGUGAAAGCAUUUUAAGAAAACAGUUCAGCACUGAUUAUAUAGUUAUAUAGAGCACCAAGUUUAACAUUUUUUCAUU